AUGUGCGUAAUUUAUUUAAAAAAAAACACUACUUUGCUACGCGCGUAUCCUGUUUUCCUCAGAAGAGUUUUUAUAGCUAAACCAAAUACAGCUGUGCACGGUGCUGCGAACGCGUGGACAUUCCGCUGCGCCGACGGUUGCCGAGAGACUGAAGCGUGCAAGUCUGCGAGUGGUGUACCUCGCUGCGGCGAUACGGUACAGCCGGGUAGUACAGCCACGCCCAUUUCCAGCUCCCACUCCGCGCGUCUGCUCCCGAAGCGACUCGUUGGGCGUGGCUGUACAACCCGGCCGUACCGUAUCGCCACAGCGAGGUACAGCACUCACACGCUUUAG